GCCUGUGUGUGUGCCUGUGUGUGUCUGGUCUUUUCCUUUCAUGCGCGCUAGCUUUCACUGCCUCUCCUUCGUUUCCUUUGUUCGCCAUGAUAGUCACCUCACUUCGUAUUCACGUCGUUCCCUAAUUUUUCUACCCAUCCCCUCCUUUUCCCCCAAAUUGGCGCCCUUGUCUUAGAUCUCCUUUGGCCCCCUCUCCCGACCUUCCGCUGCUUCUUCCCCUUGACGCUUGAUCGCAUCAUUCCACCCAACAAUCCACCCUCCACACUCCACACAGCCUCAAAAUUUCUUGCAUGGGAUCCCUUGGUCUUGGACUUCAACAUGCCGGUCUCCAAGGCAAAAUCCAGUCCGUCCGUCAAACGUCGUGAUCGGCUUACGCUUGCGAAACUGGCCAGCUAUGACGAUGUCGCAACGGAUGCGCUGGUUGACCGCGCGUAUUUCUGGACCAACACCCGCAAGAACCGCACCAAGUACAACCCCGCCCGCGGCAUCAAGGACGAUGAAGUUGCCAGCAUUCUCCUCCACGAUGUCAUUGUCGGCAAAGAUGCGGCCAGAGCGGAGACGAAGCUGCUGAAUAUGCCUGGCCUGAAGAAAUACUUGGCCAAGCUUCCCACCGACCGGGAGAAGGACUGGUUCCGUCGACACCUCCGCAAGUACAUCCAGAUGUAUCUGCCCGACUCGCCCUUCGAGGUGACUACGACCAAUCGCUACAUGGUGACCGAACACGAGGCUGCCAUCUGCGCCCGCAAAUUCAUCAAACAAGGCCAGGAGAUCAAGUACCUCAGCGGGACGCUGGUGCCCAUGACGCGGGAAGAGGAGCAGGAUCUAGAUUUGAAGAGAAAGGAUUUCAGCAUUGUCAUGUCGAGUCGGAGAAAAACGCCAUCUUUUUUCCUUGGGCCCGCUCGAUUCGCCAACCACGACUGCAAUGCCAACGGGCGGCUCGUGACGCGCGGCAUGGAAGGUAUGCAGGUCGUGGCCAUCCGAAAUAUCCAUAUUGGGGAGGAAAUUACGGUCUCUUAUGGAGACGAUUAUUUUGGCAUUGACAAUUGCGAGUGCCUUUGUUUGACAUGCGAGCGGGCAGUCCGCAAUGGGUGGGCGCCUCAGCUCGAUUCCGACGAGGAGAGUCCGGCCUCAACGCCAGCCUUGACCGACGAGGCCGCCCUCUCCCCCCAAAAACGCAAAUAUGCCCCGGACUCGGACUCGGAAAGCUCCCCGGCAUCAACCCCUCGCAAGCGUACCAAGUUCACCCGUCAGAACUCCAAGUUGAGGUCCGAGGUCGUAUUUUCCGACAUCACACCCUCGAUUGAGUCCGUAACGGAGCAGCCGGCCGCCGCCGAGUUUUGCCCCCCAGCCUUAUCCGUGCCACAUGCCACCGUUGCUGAAACCGUCAACGACCACGUCAUCGACAAUAAGAGCGACAUUAAUGCCGACUCUACUGUCCAGAGUACCACCGCCACAGAUCCCGAAUCGCCCGGCUCGCUCGAGGCCGAUGAUUCACACCGCUCGUCGACAUCGACAGCCGCAACGUCCGUCUGUGACAAUACGGUGCAGAUCAAGGUUGAGGAAGCCCCCGAGGCGUCUGUCCGAGCAUCUACCCUGGCUGUGGAGGGACACCUGGAUCUCUCAGUCACCGGUCCGGCAGAAAGAGAAAGACGCAUCUUAGGUGCUGACAACGAUGCAUUGUCGGAUCUGUCGGACUCGCUGGAGCUCGACGAGAAGCUGGGAACCGUUGUGAAAAAAUCCAGAAAGUCCCGGAGCAAGGAAGUGGUCCCCUCGGUCGAGGUCGAGCCACCCCGUGCUCGGGUCCCUGGUGAUUACACCAAGACUUCCAGACUGCUUGCCCAGGCCUACGACCGCUGGGUAGAUUGCCGAACUUGUACCGUUUGGUUCGUUCAACAAGACUCCUACCUGACCCGAAGAGAGUGUCCCCGAUGCGAACGGCACUCCAAGUUGUACGGUUUCCAAUGGCCCAAAACCGACCGAGAAGGCCCCAUGGACGAUGAAGAGCGCGUAAUGGAUCACCGAAUGGUGCAUCGGUUUCUCUACCCGGAGGAGGAGGCACUCGUCUCGCGCAAGGACCGCGGUGUCAGUUUUGGAAUCACCCCCACCCCGGAGCUGUCCGAACCUCGCGCUGAGACUGAGGAAACUGAUGCGGGCGAGGACCGACGCAACACGCGCGCCAGUCGGCGGCGAACCCGGUCUCUUCGGAUGACUAUGUAAUGAUUGAUAUGCUUAAUCUUGGGACAUUUGGAACCUGGAGUUUGGCGGUCAUUUGGAGUUCGGUUUCGGAGUACCAGACGUUCGAAUACUAUGAACCGCAGCGUUCGACAAGUUGGGCGAUUUUGACAGACUUUACCAUGAAAGAUCUUGCAUCUUGUUUGUCUUCUAUGGCUCCGGCCCUUUUUUUUUUUUUUUUUUUUUUUUUU